UUGUGCGGAGGCCCCGCUCCGCUCCGCCCCGCUCCGCUCCCAGCCGGCACCGCCCGGAGCAGCGGGGCACGACAGCCCGGCCCGCUCCGCUCCUGCCCGGCCCGCUCAGCUCAGCAAUGGAGGCAGCACUGAUCUUCUUGUGCUCCCUGCUGGUGCCCACCACCUUGGCAGAUGUGGCCACCCAAGAGAAGGAGGAGGAAGAGGAUGACCCCUUUAACUAUGAUUACCAGAGCCUGAGGAUCGGUGGGCUGGUGUUUGCCGUGGUCCUGUUCAUUGUUGGCAUCCUCCUUAUACUGAGCAGGAGGUGCAGGUGCAGUUUCAACCAGAAGCCCAGAGCUCCAGGAGAGGAGGAGGCUCAGGCUGAGACCCUGAUCACCUCAAAUGCAACAGGAGCACAGAAAGCUGAGAACUGAGUAAGAGCCAUGCGACCCAGAGACCCGGGGACAGAUGCUCGGACCGCAGGUGCCGCUGGCCUGCAAGGAAGCUGAGAAGGCAGCAACAGGUCCCUCUGAGGAGAUGUGAAGCUGCUGUGUCUGUGUUGCCCUCUGUGCUCCAGCGCCGGUUCUCUGUGUACUAACCCGACUAAACUCCGCUCACCGUCCUCUCUGCCUCCGGUGGUGUGUAACCUUGAUGUGAGAUGAUCGUUGCCUCUAGGGCCUGUCCUUGCUGAUGUUGUAAUAGUGACUUUCUCUUCACCUUUCUCGUGCUGUGCGUGUAGUUUGGGCUGUGUACAACCGGCAGCCUCUGACCCCCGAGCCCAGGAACGGGAGCCCCGAGGGCAGGGUGGGGGGGCUGCAGGGCAGGGAGCCUUCUCCAGCAGAGCCUGAUGUCCCCCCGACCCUUCCCCAGAGCUGGAGGCUCCUGUUUCCCCCCUGGCCAGCUUUGGGCAGGGCUCGGGGACCAGCCCCAUGGCUUUUCAGGUUCUGCCCAGCAUGGGUCUGGGUCACACGUUGCCCUUUCAGCAAUAAUCCUCCUGUGUGUCCCCAGCCCCAGGGAGGGCGAGCUGGGGGGCAUCCCGCAGCUCCAGCACCCGAGGUGUGGGAUGCUUCAUGCUGUCUGUGUGGGAUGUUGUGUCAAACGUGAGGAAAUGCUGUGGUGGCAGAAAAGCAAGUGAAAUCCCCUGGCACGGGGACACUGUGAGAGAGAGGGUGGCUAUGCAGCUGUGGCCCUGCUCUGCCUGUCCCCCAGGCAGCUGUGGAGCUGGCAGGUCACGCUCUGCAAGGGCUAAAGAGAAGCAGAGGCUGGAAUAAAGAUCCUGCCCUUGCUUGUCUCCAGCAGGGAAGGGGCAGUGGCAUCUCCUCUUGGUGCUCCCUGUCCUUCCCAACGCCUUGUUGUCCCUGUGCCAUGGUUUGGGACACAGCCACCUGUGCCAGUGCUGUGUGUUGUCCUGUGGUGGUUACGUGUUGUCACCCCUUUUCCCCAGCGAUGCUCUGGAGCUUUGUGUACCUGUGAGCUCCAGAGGAGCUGAGCCUGGAGUCUGUUGUCACCUUCUGUCUGCUCACAGGUCAGAGGCAAACCUGUGGGUCUGUCCCCUGCCCCAAGCCUGUGGGGACACAAAACCACAGCUGGGAAUGGGUGGUUGAUUUGGGCACUUGGCAAGGCAAGGACAGCCAGGGCCACACUGCGGGAUGCCCAGGGCUGCUCCAGAACACCUUGGAGCUCUGGCCAUGAGCUGGGGAGGGGUUCUUGUGCUCCAGAGUGGUAUUGAGAGGGGCUCCUGCCAUGCCCACCCACCGUGGUCACCCUGCUCUGUGUCCCUGUGUGCUUUGCAUCCCUCAGUGGCCCCGGCAAGCACGCUUUGUCCCAUCUGUGGGAGGUAGAGAGACCGUGUCUUGGUGCCCCUGUCCUUCCCUGUCCUGGUGGCCCUUGCAGAGGGCAGCCCAGCCCCAGAGUGUUGGUGCUGUGCCUGUCCCCCGUCGCAGUGCCCGUGCUGUCUGUAGUUGUGCUGUCGGUGUUAACACAAAACAAAGAAACCCCUGUGGUGUGUAGAAAUGGCCAAACCCUGACUGGUGUAAAAUAAACUGAGCUAUUGUGUUCCCUUUUAAAUG